AUGAAUGCCGCAUGGGGUUUGCUGACGGUUUUCAGUCUGGUGUGGCGCAUUGAGUCGAGGUGCUCACCGACCUCCUAUUAUAAGAAUUGCUGGAUUAGACGUUUCCCGGGUGUUUUCAUCGACAUCGAGGAGUCUCAAAGGAGAGGAGCGCAACUUUUGAAGCAUUACCAGGAGGACACCGCGCUGAAAUGCAGCCGCACCUGUUGCCUCACCAGAAAUUUUUCCUGUAAUCUGGCCAUAUUCCACUAUGAUACCACACAAGAAAACUUGAACUGCUUUCACCUGCACUGUCCGACACUGGAGAGCUGCAUUCUGAGUCACAGAGACAACGUUGUUCUCUAUAAUAUCACAAAGGGUGUGGAUCCUGAUCUGCUGGUGUUUGGAAAAUACUUCACCUCUAACGUGCGUGUGUUACCCCACCACUAUAGCCGUGUUAACGCCUCAGAACCAUUGCUAUCAGACAAGCGCCAGUUUAUUCAUCCCCCUCAACCUGCUGCCCUGACUCUGACUUCUGCUCCUUCAGUUAAACCCUCCACUACAGUAGGAAGAGUGCACACCAUCAUAGCGGCCUCCACCAUUGCCACCACAGCACUGCAGAGUAUUGGUCAGCCUUCAGCAGUUUCCACAACUACAACUACCUUGCAUUCCACUGAAAAAAACCCUCCAUCUUCAAAAAACUAUGCACAAACAACAGCUGCAGUUGUCUCUACCACUUCUCUUCCUGGUAGCUUUACUACAUCUCCUUCAUCCACCACAGUUACCACUCUGGGGCAUUACAAUUCUAAAACUCUGCCUGCCUUUUCUACCACAAGUGCAGAAUCCCCAAUACCCACUCGUACCCGUCAUCACAUUACCACCUUCUCUCAGUUAGUCAACAGCCCUCCAGCUUCCACAACUCUUAUGAGUGUCACAGAAAGCAGCAAACAGUAUACAAAUGAGACCAAGGGCAACCAGGGGAGGAACCACACACUAGGUAAUGAGGGAGGCAGUGGAGAUGACACCUUGGCAGGGUUGGGGCCUGGGUGGUAUGUGGCUGUUGACACCCUGCUGGUUGCAGUGGCAAUCUGCAUCACUGUGCUUCUGAGCUGCUGUUGCUCUGUUCUGCUGGUGGUAAGCUGGAGGGGUCAAAGAAAGAGGAUGGGACGAUAUAGUACAUCAUGGAGAGGGAAACGAGGCUCCAUGCGUCUGAUAAAGUAUGUGCUGGUCAAAGAGAGCUCCUGA